AUGUCUAGCAUAUGCUCUUUUGAAGAUAAUAGGGUUUCUUUAUAUCUUGACGAAACCCCUACUUUAGGUCCUCAGCAAACUACUGAAAAUAAACAAGAAACUAAAUAUGCGACCUUUCAAGAACUAUCAUCAAAACGUCAGCAACUUGACAAUUUCUCAGAGCCCAGAGCUCGCCUUCAUGAACAAUUUGAAAAACAACUAACUGCAGCUGAAUUUUUUGAAAAACCUGACAUUGUCCCAUGUCCUUGAAUAGAAUUUAAAUUUGACGAAAUUGAAAUUCAAGAAUCUCCAAGCAGCUGCAAUACAUCAAAAACGCCUGAAUCUGAAGCAAAAAUAGAAAUCCAGCAAAUGUCCAGUUCUAAGCAGCAUGAAAUAGUUAAAAAUUUAGAAAAAGAAAUUGAUGAGUUAAAAAGAGAAAUCAGAAAGCUGAGGGAUGAAAACCAUGAAAAUGAAAAAUUGAAAACAAGACUAGGAAGAAUUGGAGACUUGGAAAGGGAAAAUGAUGAAUUGCAUAUAUUGUUGAAAGCCCAAGGAGAAAAAUUAAAGGAAAGCUUGGGAAGUGAAAGAGAAUAUGCAGAAAUGGUGAAGGAAAUUGAUAAGGAAGUCAAUAGGAUUAAGAAUGAAUUGGAAGCUAGUGAGGCGCAAAAAUGGGAAAUAAGAAAGCAGUUUGACUUGCUAAGCAAAGCUUAUCAGGAUAUGAAAAAUGACUAUAGCAAUGAAAUGCAAAUUCUUAAUGAAAAAACAAUUGCUCAGACAAGUGCAUUUCAAGAUAUCGAUUGCAAACUAAGAGUAAGUGAGCUUAAAGAAGUAGAAAAUCAAAAUUUAAUUGAUCUAGCUAACAAAAGAAUUUCAGAACUGCAAGAAGCAAUAAAAGAUAAAGACAAGCAGCUACAGCUCCAGAGCAACUCAUUAGAUGAAUACCGAAGUCAGCUUGAAGGCUUCGAGCCAGUGUCUCGCUAUCAAUCUCGCUUGGAAAACUGUCUCCGAGAGCUCGAACAAAAACUUGCCUUUAGUGAAGAGGCACGAUUUGAGCAGAUGAAAUUAUACAACGAUCUUCAAAAAAAAUUUUCAGCUCAAGAAACUGAUAGGAUCAAUCCCCGCAAAAUACGUCAGCUUGAAGACUUGUUUAUCAAGAACGGUGAAAAAAUCGAUGAACUAUCAACAAAAAUUUACCAUACUUUAGACACAGCACUUACUGCAAGAACUGAGUGUGAGCCAAAAUUCAAAAAAAUAAAGCCUAAGAAGAAAAAAAGCCCAUACUCAGAGCAAUUCUUAAAUAGACUUCAUGCUGAUAGAAAAAACCCUUGUAACAUCUGCAUAAAAGAGCACGGUCAUGAAUGGGCGAGAUCUCCAAAAAGCAAAAUUAAUAUCAUAAAUUAA